CCCAAUGCAGGCAAUUCGCCGUGUUUUCUGGCAUUUCUUCGUCCACCUGCCGUGCAUGCAAUGAUUGCAAUCAAUUUCCCACCAGCCCACCAGACAGGGGACCCCGGCAUUUUCAGGCCCCUCCCCAUCUGCCUCCUCCAAUCUGUUAAUCUGUAGAUACUUGCUUUUUACACACUCCAUCCAUUACCUUUCACCCCAAAUCCCACUAACUGCAUAAUCCCUGACCAUGGCCUCCACCAACCCUUGUAGUCUGAUCGACCUGGCAGCGCAGAUCAGCCACGCCAGCCAGCAAGCCAACGACUUCCUGCAGAUUCUGGAUGUCUGUCAAACCCUGUCGGGGUUCCUGACCGGACCCGCGGAGCACCUCCGCUGGUUGGCGUGUAGAUACCACGACAUGUCAGCCCUCCGCUGGACCUACCACUUCAACAUCGCAGCCGCCAUUCCGCUGAUGCACGCGGUCCCGUUCCACGAAGUAGCCGCCACGGCAAACGUGGAGGAAAACUGGCUCAAGAGCGUGCUGCGUCUGGCGAUGACGAACCGGCUCUUCUGCGAGCCUGAACCGGGAAUGGUCGCGCACAACGCCGCCUCGGCGCUGCUGGUGCGCUCGCCGGCGCCGAACGACUGGGUCGGCUACACGAGCGAGGAGACCUUCCCAGCCUCUGCCAAGCUGGUUGAAGCCACUGAGCGCUACGGCACCAGCCAGUUGCUGCACCACGCCGCCUACAACGUCGCUUUCGAGACCGAGAAGCCCAUGUUCGUGCAUCUGUCGCGGUUCCCCGAGCGGGAGCGGCGGUUCGCGAAUACCAUGGUUGGGAUGACGUCUACCGAGGGGUAUGGGGUGCAUCAUCUGCUGGAGGCAUAUCCGUGGGAGGAGCGUGGCGCGGGGAAGGUGGUCGAUGUCGGGGGAUCGACAGGGCAUGCUAGUAUCGCCAUCGCAGCGAAGAAUCAGGCGGCAUCGUUUGUUGUGCAGGGCUUAGAGGGAGUAGUCGAGCAGGGUCGUGCUGCGUUACCGAAGUCGCUGAUAGAGCGGGUGUCCUUCCAGACGCAUGACUUCUUCACGCCUCAGCAGGGCACCAAGGACGAGGGCGCAGGUGUGUAUCUGCUGCGGUUCAUCCUGCAUGAUCAUCCGGAUGCGCGGGCUGUGGAGGUCCUGAAGAACAUUGUGCCGGUGUUGAAGAAGGGUAGUAAAGUGAUUCUGAACGAGGGCGUUCUACCCGAGCCGUUGACGCUGGGUAGAGGAGAAGAGAGAAUUGCACGCAUCAUGGACAUGGAAAUGAUCACCACGGUUAAUGCGCGGGAACGCCCGCUGGAAGACUGGAAGAAGCUUUGUCGGGACGCGCAUCCGGGAUUGACCCUGCAGCGUGUCUUUAAACUGGUCGGGAGUAUCAUGUCGAUCAUGGAGUUUGUCAUGACCGAGGAAUAGUUCUAGUGUAACUAUCCAGUGUUGUCCAAGUUGGAUUAGGGCUGAGCGAGCGAUCUUCCUCCGCAUUCGGAGAUUUCUG